CCGCUCCGCGGCAUGUGGGAUCCUCCCGGACCGGGGCAGGAAACUGUGUCCCCUGCAUUGGCAGGCGGACUCUCAACCACUGCGCCACCAGGGAAGCCCCCCAUUGUGGUUUUGAUUUUCAUUUCCCUGACCAUCAGUGAUGUUGAGCAUCUUUUCAUGUGUCUGUUGACCAUCUGCAUGUCUUUGGGAAAAUGUCUAUUCACAUCCUCUACCCAUCUUUUAAUCAGGUUAUUUGUUUUUAUGGUUGUUGUGUUGUAUGAGUCCUUUGUACAUUUUGGAUAUUAACCUCUUGUCAGAUAUGGUUUGUAAAUACCUUCUCCCAUUCAGUAGGCAGCCUUUUAGUUUUGUUGAUAGAUUCCUGUGUAAAUGUGUUUUAGUUUGAUGUAAUCCUGUUUGUUUAUUUUUGUUUUUGUUUCCCUUGCCAUUACAAAGAAUUUAUAAUUCUUUUCCAUUUUUUGACACAUUCAUGUCAUCUGUGAAUAAUGACAUACAUUUCUUCCUUUCUAACCUUCAUGUUUUCUUUAUCCUUGCCUUAUUGCAUUGGCUAAGACUUCCACUAAAAUGUUGAAGGGAAAUAAUACCAGGCAUUGCUGUCUUGUUCCUGGACUUUGGAGGAAGGCUUUCAGAAUUUCACCAUAAAGUAUGAUGUUUGCUGUGCUCCUGGGCACUGUGCCAAGCACUAAGGAUACAACAGGGAGCAGAAGUUCAUGUUCUCUGUCCUCGUGGAGCUAGACGCUAAUCAGAUAAAACCACAAGCCAAAUUAACAGGUCAGCCAAACAAGAUGUCAACUGUGGUAACCUUUAGAUGGUGGAAGAUCUCUCUGAGGAGUGAGUAUAGAUCAACAAAACCUGGAGAAACAAAAGAAACUCAUGAAGACUUCCUAAGGAACUCACAUCUUCAGGUUCAAAUUGCCUUAAUAUUUGGUGCAAGAAUAUUAGACUAUGUCCUCAAUUUAUGCGAAGGUAAAUUUGACUUCCUUGAACGGCUCUCAGAUGAUUUGCUCCUGAGAAUCCUUUCUUAUCUGGAUCUUGAAGACAUUGCCAGGCUUUCUCAAACAUCACGCAGGUUUGCAAAGUUGUGCACGUCAGGCAAACUGUGGGAGCAGAUCGUCCAGUCUGCCUGUGACCACAUCACCCCAGAAAUGAGAGCCUUGGCUCAGGAAAUGGGCUGGAGACAGAUGUUCUUCACCAACAAGCUGCAGCUCCAGCGGCACCUCCGCAAGAGGAUACAACAACAAGGAAGCCAGAGGAGCAGUGAGCUCUAGGGUCACACAUUCCUACCUGCAGGAGAGUUGAGGCACGGCUGUGUUUUCCAUCUGUGUCCAAACCUCUUCUGCUGCCUUUGAUUAAGAACUAAGGUUUUGUUGAUUCAAGAAGCCAUAGAGUACUUGCACACAAAUGCAGCACACCGCCUCUGCUGGGCUUUGCCCGAACCACGGUCCCUGCCACAGGGAGGGUCAGCUCAUGGCCCCAGCAUAGGGGCAGCAGGACAGGAGGCGCCCAUGCCCUGCCACCCAUCAGAAAAGAGGCUUCUGCUGUAUGGUAACAAACAAUAAAUGAUUAUUAGCA